UUUUAUAGGUGAUAUUUACAUUGAGCUGAAGUGUUACAAUUUGACCAGAGUCGGUUGGACGUCUGACUCGAUAAAACAUGAUUUUAAUGAUCUUUAUUCUUAUUUUAGUUAUUCUUUUUACUAUUUUACCCAAUUAUUCACAGAAAAUAGCUGCUAUAAUAAGUAAAUAUGUAUACAGAGUCACAGAUAGUGAGAUGAACAUACGAGCAGAGAUCAAAGACCUUAAAUCUGAACAAGAGACAAUCAGUAUGACUGAGGAGUUUGCGAAGUAUGCCAAACUGCAACGCAAAAUUGACAAGCACACUGCUGAAGUUAAAAGAUUGGCUGCAUUGCGCAAUAGUAAAUCAGCUGUAGUUAAUAUGGGAGUGAAAGCAGGAAUAUACAUUACUCAGGCAAUAUUGAUGUUAGUGAUAGUUUUGACAAACAGAAGUGAACCACUGCUACUGUUUCCAGAGAGCUGGUUUUACCCUCUACAUAAUAUUGUGGCCCUCCCAACAGGUGUCCCUGGUGGUUUAGGAGUUGUGUGCUGGAUAAUGGCAUGUAGGACGGCUGUUGCCAGAGUUACCUCCCUUUGGUCGCUAAGCCAGUCACCAGAGGAAACACAAACAUUUGCAGCAGACAGACAGCCCCUUGAUAUUCCGCUAGACUGAUGUGUUCUCUUUGUGAAGUACUUUGUCAUAUCACUGCCAAGAACGCCUCAUUUACUAACAGUGGAAAUUUUACAAGGAGUUUCCCUUAAUGCCAGUCAAAUGAACUAUACAGAUAUUAAUUCUUUUAUAAAUUAUUGUUAUUUGUAUCAAUAGCGAGCUUUUGUUAAACAUACACUUGUGUAAAGUGCUGUUGCACUAUAUUGGUCUACAAAUAUUUAUUAAACUUGCUAGUCCAAUUUUCACUAUUUUCAUUAUUUUCUCUUUCAAGGAGUAUAGAUAGAUGUGAUAUAUAAACGCUAUAUGACAAUGAAUGAAUGAAGAAAUGAACAUUACAUUUCAUAUUUAGUCACAAUUUUUCAAAACCGAUAGGCAUUGUGUAAGCAGAAAACCUUCAUAAAAUGAUGAAGUGGGGACUGGUUGCAAUGUUGACAUCUCAGGACACAAGUCAGAGAUGACGGAGUGACCAACCUGCAAUAUGUUAUAUACAUGUUCUGGUAUGUCUUAGUUCAAAAGUAUGUUUCAUCAGAUCAUUGCAAGAGAUGUCUUGAUAUUACAUAACAGGUAAUCGUAUUUUGUAUUAAUAGCUGUUAAUUGUGUAAACUUCAUCAGCAACUACAUGCAUUUUACGGAUAUACAGAAUAAUUAUUCUUAUCAUAUAUGGUAGGUUUUGUUGGUUUACAUUACAAAGAAAAGAAAUCACAAGAGGUUGAAAUUUCUUUCAAUAUAACCCACUGAUUAGAAAUCAUGAAUUUGAAGUCAAUACAGUACACUGAAAGUAAAGAAAACGACUUCAGAAUAAAUUGGUAUAAUUUAAUAUAUAUAUAUAUCUUGAUGAUGUCUUUGGAUUAUGACAGAUAAGACAUAUUUGUACAAUGAGUAGUUCUGUCACGUACAGAAACAGAGCAACACUGAAUACAAUGUCAUGUAAAAUGUUCUAUCAGAAAACUGAAACUCAGACUGAGAGAAUUCUUACUCUCUUGAACAAGAAUGUCUCAAUAAAAUUUUUGUGAUUUUGAAAAAUUAACUGAUUGUUUAUGUACAUUUUUUUACAUAACACAGUAAAAUUGUUCAAUGUAUUCAAAACUUAAACAAAUAAAA